AUUCUCUCUCUCUUGCCCGAGCUACCCGCAUUUUCCGCUUCCCACUGCCCGAACUGCCCGUUCUUUCUUAUUUCCAUCCUUGUCAGGGAGUAAUGCUCCAUUCACCACUUCUCCCUUUCUCUCUCUCUCCUCUCUCUCUCUUUGUUUGAGACUUCGGUUUCCCUUUCCCCACACAUAUAGACCUCUCUCUCUCUCUCUUUCUCUACCUGAGAAGUGAGAACUUUGCAUUUCAGCUUUGUUUCUGUUGUUGUUGUUGUUGUUGUUUCAGAGUUGUAUCAUUCGAAGGCCGAGAAAGCAACCCUUCUAAGGUCAGACCUUGAUUUGGGGCUUCGGGCAGGGGUUGUACAUGAUCUGUAUCAUAUGUUUGCUUCUGACUUGUGAGAGAGUUCAGAUUCUGGGUCACUGAUUCUCUGUACUGGGUUCGUGGGAUUUUUCGUUUGAUUUUCUGGAGUUUGAACGGAAGAUUUGGAAGGGAUAUUUCGUAUCUCUGGGAGCUGUUGGUUAUUGUGAUCUUUGUUGUUCUGUGCUCUUUGGGUUCUCAAAGGUGACUAAAGUUUUGGGGUUUUUUUUUUCUUGGGUUGUAAUUGAUUCUAUAUAUUUUGUAUUUGGCUUCGGGAUAUCGGAGCGGCAGUGAAAACCAAAAGUGUUUUGUUCGGUGGGUUUUGAACAUUUGUGGGUUUUGUAGCAAUGGGAAUUUGAUUUAGGGUUUCGGAAAGAUGGGAGCUGGUGGUGAUUCUAUUAAGGUAGAGACAUGGGAUUGCGGAAAAUCGAAGGGAAGGAAAAACAAAGAUGACGAGACAGAGGACACUGGGUGUUGGUUCAACUUCAGAUUUAUUGGGAGUUGCAUCUCAAGAUCUAAAGUGGAUUCCUCUAUAAGCGGCACUAGUACUCAUUAUGCGGAAAGCAAAUCUACGAAUGAUACCAGUAGGGACCAACCAGUUGUCCCAGUAGCCUCCUCUUCAACCACUAGCAAUGCAGAAAGCAACUCAUCCACUCCCAAAGUUGGUGAGGAGCUGAAGGUUGCUUCUCAGCUUAGAAAAUUCUCAUUUAUUGAGCUCAAGACAGCAACAAGAAAUUUUAGACCAGAGAGUCUCCUUGGUGAGGGUGGAUUUGGCUGUGUUUUCAAGGGAUGGAUUGAGGAGAAUGGAACUGCUCCAGUGAAACCUGGGACAGGGCUUACUGUUGCAGUUAAAACCCUCAAUCAUGAUGGAUUACAAGGUCACAAAGAGUGGCUGGCUGAAGUUAAUUUUCUUGGUGAUCUUCUUCAUCCAAAUUUGGUUAAAUUGAUUGGUUACUGCAUUGAAGAUGAUCAAAGGCUGCUAGCUUACGAGUUCAUGCCUCGAGGGAGCUUGGAAAACCACCUCUUUAGAAGGUCACUGCCUCUCCCAUGGUCCAUUAGAAUGAAAAUUGCUCUUGGUGCUGCAAAGGGCCUUGCUUUUCUUCAUGAGGAAGCACAAAGGCCAGUGAUAUAUCGGGAUUUUAAAACAUCUAAUAUCCUGUUAGAUGCGGACUACAAUGCGAAGCUUUCUGACUUUGGACUUGCCAAAGAUGGUCCUGAGGGGGAUAAGACACAUGUAUCUACCCGAGUGAUGGGAACAUAUGGAUAUGCAGCCCCAGAAUAUGUGAUGACAGGGCAUCUGACAUCAAGGAGCGAUGUCUACAGUUUUGGAGUGGUCCUACUUGAAAUACUGACUGGCCGAAGAUCAAUGGAUAAAAACAGACCAAAUGGGGAGCAUAACCUGGUUGAAUGGGCAAGGCCACAUCUUGGGGAGCGGCGGAGGUUUUACCGUCUAAUAGAUCCUCGACUUGAAGGUCACUUCUCAAUUAAGGGUGCACAGAAGGCUGCCCAGCUAGCCCAGCAUUGUUUGAGUCGGGAUCCAAAGGCACGACCUCUGAUGAGUGAAGUUGUUGAAGCCCUGAAGCCGUUGCUGAACCUGAAAGACAUGGCUAGUUCCUCCUACUAUUUCCAGACCAUGCAAACGGAACGCAGUGGGUCCAAUUCAAACAACAGGAAUGGCCUCAGAACUCAGGCUGGAUCUCUGUCAAGGAAUGGACAACAGAUAAGGAGCCUUUCCAUAGCAAAUGGUUCGCAUGCUUCUCCCUACCACCGCCACCAAACACCCCAGCAAUCACCCAAACCCAAUGGUAAACAGCCAUAGCAUUGGGUUCAUGUUAAUGAGUUAAUCUGCUUCUUCGUAGGCUUCUACAUCCCACCGUCCUUUCCCCCCUUUUCUUCAUUUUAUAUAUUUUAUAUAUAUCGUCUUUAGGUGGCAUCUGAGUCUUGGAAACCUGAACAAGCAUUGGGGGCAAUAUGUUUCGACUUUAUUCUGAUGUAAAUCUUUGAAUAGUGUUAAGAAAGGGUUGGUGGGCUCUUCCAUUUGCCAUUGUGGACAAUGGUUAAUGGCGAAGCUUUUGGAGAGAACUAUAUUGCCAAUUCAUGUCACCUGAAAUUUGCUGGAAAAUAUGAUAACAGUGAAUAUAGUUAUUUGACUGAUCAUACUUUUACUGCA